UUUCAGGUGAUUGACAGUAGCACAGCGCACAGACUGAUCAGUGUACAUAAACUUUGAUCGUUGUGUGUUAGUGUGAUGGCAGCUGUGUUCAAAUUCCUCUCGCCGUUGAGAUUUUAUCGAUUGGCCCGGGCAUCUAAGGCUUCAUUCGUCCCAUGUGUUCAGCUGCACAGUACUAAUGCAGUUAUGGGAGCAACAGUAGAAGAUUUCAACAGGGCCAAAGAACAGCUGAGCACUUUGAAGAAGGACCCGGGCAAUGAGGUCAAACUCAAGAUCUAUGCACUCUUUAAACAGGCCACUCAAGGAUCCUGUAACACCUCUAAACCUGGUAUGCUGGACUUUGUGAACAAAGCUAAAUGGGAUGCCUGGAAGAGUCUGGGGUCUGUCUCGCAGGAAGAGGCCAGGCAGAAAUAUGUGGAGCUCAUCACAUCUCUGGUGGCAACAGAAGGUCCUGCGGUGGCAAUACAGCCUGCUGGGAGUGCGAAGGUCUUCCAGACCCUGCUGGUCAGCACAGAAGACAACAUCACAGCCAUUCGCCUCAACAGACCGGAGAAAAAAAACGCCAUUACUGUAGAGAUGUACAAUGAGUUGAUUGAGGCGCUGGAUCUUGCUGGAAAAGAUGAUUCUGUCAUUACAGUGGUUACAGGCAGUGGAGAUUAUUACUGCAGCGGAAAUGACCUGAACAACUUCACUAACACACCAGCUGGUGGCGUCGAGGCGCUGGCUAAAAGUUCUGGGGAGCUACUGAGGGGGUAUGUAAAGGCGUACAUUGAUUUCCCCAAACCCCUGAUUGCAGUUAUAAAUGGACCUGCAGUGGGGGUGUCAGUCACUCUGUUAGGACUUUUUGAUGUUGUUUAUGCUACAGAGAGGGCGACGUUUCACACACCCUUCAGCCAGUUAGGUCAGAGUCCCGAGGGCUGCUCUUCAUAUCUUUUCCCUAAAAUGAUGGGUGCAGCAAAGGCAAGUGAGAUGUUGUUGUUCAAUAAGAAGCUAACGGCUGCACAGGCCUGUGAACUCGGUCUGGUGACCGAAGUCUUUCCUGACAACACCUUUCAGACAGAGGUGUGGACCAGACUGAAGGCGUAUGCCAAACUGCCCAGAACUUCUUUGGCCCUGUCGAAGCAGCUGAUCCGAGGGAUUGAGAAAGAGAAACUUCACGCUGUGAAUGACGCAGAGGUGGAGAGACUGGUGGAGCGCUGGCUCUCGGAUGAGUGCAUGCAGGCCAUCAUGAGUUUCUUCCAGUCCAAAUCUAAACUGUGAUGAGAACAAAACGUUCAGAUGAACUUGAUAUGAAUCAGCAACCUCUCAUCAGUCAUUUUUUACUUGCAGUAUAAUAUGCCAGUUAACUUUUACCACAUCCCGAAAACUCAGUCACAAACUGAUUAAUGCUGUAUGUGUAAUAGUGGAGGAUUUAUGUUAUGUCAAAUCGCAUUAUACAUGUGAUUUUAUUUAGCUGUUGUCAUAUUGAAUUAGAAGACAAUGUAACAAAUUUUAAAAGCAGGAUAAACCGUUUCGUCUGUUUGCCAGAUGUGCACUUAGUAACACUUAAUGCCUUAUCGAUUAUUAAGUGAGCACAUUUUACAUUUAAUAUGAAGCCUGUAGUAUAUUUACCAGAAGGCCAAAAUUCCUAAUGUUCUAAUUCAAAUAAAGAAAUUCUUAGUA